AUGGUUGUGACGGAGCCUUCUGCAAGAAAUGCCUUGAUUCAAAGAACCAAGAGGGAAAACUUGGUAGAUCCUGUGGAAGCUGCAGUGAGCUGUAUUGCAGGGAUUACAUUGACGGAAGGGAUUGCAUUGACGGAAGGUACGAUUGCGAUGAAAAAGGCCCAAAUCAGUGCGGGACGUGUCAACGACGUGCCUGCAAUGCAUGCGGGGGACCAUUCCCGCUAUGUCAAUUUUGUGGUGAUGUUGUUUGUGCCAACUGCUUGGACCCUAGUUGCGGGGAACUUGUUUCUGAACAAGGUUGCCGGAAAUGUGGAUAUGGCGAAGCUGCCGAUUUUGCCCGUGAGGUGGAAGAGAUCCGCCGAUAUGGUUACAACAAGGACAUGGAGUACAUAUGCCAUUAGGCAGGGUGGAAUUUACUUUGGCAAAAUUCAACUGAAGAUAGCGAGAGUACAGCCCUGA